AUGACAAGAAUUUGGCUGGAUCCACAAACCCCAGACAGUUUUUUUCCUUCUUAUGCAACUUUACACACUCCAAAGAGCACGUCUGCAUGCCACAAGAGGGACAUUUGUAUUUGGAAGGUUCCUUGGAACAGAUCCCACAAACUGGAGCCAUCAACUUUCCCCGCGAUGCUCAUCGGGUUCAAUUUGACAGACUCGGGCGCUGUCUGCAGGAAUCACAGUGGACAAAAAUUCAAUUUGCGGUUGAAUCUCAAAGCGACGAUGUCGACGACCUUUAAAGUUGGCACUGUUCUGCCGUCAUUGGUGCGCUUUGCCUCCACCAGGACCGUGGCAAACAAGUCGGGAAAGAUAUCUGUACAGUUGUUGAAAGAUUUUCCUCUGGUAGGAGCUCGUGGAGAAGUGGUCAGAGUCAAGCCUGCAUUCAUGAGAAACUAUCUUCAGGUAAAUAAUGGGGCUUGCUACUUGCUAGAGGGCCAAGGACCUCGAAUUCCGAUAGUAAAGAAAGUGAAGCAAGAGGUCCGUAAAGCACCCGUGGAGAAAACGGUUCCAGCACCAAAGGUUGUGGAGAGCGAUCAAAAUUCUGGCGCCAUGUCACUCGACGAGCUUUCGACCUUGUUCAAUAACAUGAGAAAAUCAAGAAGAGGGACCGCAGCGAGGGAAAGUGGCGAGGCAACGUUUUCUGCUAGUGAAAAUAUCGGAUUUACUGCUGCUGAGUUGACACAACUGGUACCUAGAGUUCAUGGAAUCCAAGUUGAAACAUUCCCAUAUACCAAAAAGCAACUUUCCGAAACCAUAUAUAACAUUGCAGGACUUGAGGUACCCGAGUCAUCGAUCAAGUGGAAUGGAGCGACGGAAAUUUCCAAAGCUGGCGAAUAUGAAUACACCAUCGAUGUUCCUGGAGAGACCACCAACGUGAAGAGAAUAUUAGUGGUCAAUGCUAGCAGCUCUUAG